CACCACAUUCCUUGGUAGCAAAUUCCACUGCCGAACAGCUUUUACUGUCAGGAAGUUCUUCCUAAUGUUUAGGUGGAAUCUUCUUUCUUGUAGCUUGAAUCCAUUGCUCCGUGUCCGCUUCUCUGGAGCAGCAGAAAACAACCUUUCUCCCUCCUCUCUAUAUGACAUCCUUUGAUAUAUUUGAACAUGGCUAUCAUAUCACCCCUUAACCUUCUCUUCUCCAGGCUAAACAUACCCAGCUCCCUAAGCUGUUCCUCAUAAGGCAUCGUUUCCAGGCCUUUGACCAUUUUCGUUGCAAUGUGGAUAAAAUUCAUUCAUCCCCCCCCCAAAAAAAUAUAGUCUGGUCCCCUACAAGGUUUGAGGGACAGUGGACCGGGCCCCUGUUGCAAACAUUUGCUGACCCCUGGGCUAGAGACCCCGUUCUCCUUGUUCAAAAAAACAAAACAAAACAGCCUAGGCCUUUCUGUCGGGAGGCCGGCUUACGCGUAGUCCGCCGAGCAUCUUGUCAAUAUUUGCUCAUGCUUUGGACUUUGACGUUGUGGCACAGGGUGAGGCCACAGAGGCGCUACGGACAGGAGCCGGUUUGGACAACGGCAGGAGGGGUGGGGCAAGGAAGAUGGUGGGUAGCGGCUUGGAGGAGAGGAAGGGGCUUUGGGGGGAAAAACAGGAUUCCUACAUUCCCCCAAAGACUCUCCAAUGCUUCACCUCUACUGUACUUAGAAGCGCAUUUAAAUAAUAAUUUUUGCUAGCACUGCUUGGCGCCUUUAAGACCCGUGUGGUAGGUGGAUGUCCAACAGGUGCUCCACCACCACCUCAGCACAUAGGUGCAGAAAUGCAUUGCAGCGGGUUGGACUAGAUGACCCUCGGGUUCCCUUCCAGCGAUCGGUGAUCAGAAUGCUUCUCUGGCUGAAUUCCGCCCUCUGAGGGAACUGGGAAGGGGAUAACCCCCACUUUUGGGGGUCUGGGCAAGCAAGGGGCUGAUCCCCCUGCACCCCCUCAUUUAUUUAUCGCAUUCGGAUCCUACUUUUUUCCACCCGAAGAGCUCAAAGUGGCGUGCGUGCUUCUCCGACCCUUCAAGCGAUCCCUACAACGACCCUGCGAGGUGCUGUCAUGGCACCAGAUGAUGGCACCGACUGGCUGCUCCAGUUGUUGUCCGAAAUCCAGCUGGAGCAGUUUUACGGCAAAAUCCGCAACGAGCUUCACGUCACCCGCCCAGGACAUUUCGAUUACGUCAAGCCCUCAGAUCUGGAACGCAUUGGCAUGGGGCGCCCAGGACAGAGACGGUUGGAGGAAGCGUUGAAGAGGAGAAGACCUCAAGGCCAGCGCCCCAUGUCCUGGGUCUAUAAGAUGUUCACUGGCACGCGGAUCCCGGAAAGCGACGAAGCCCCCAGCCCAGCCCAGCCCUGCCCGACCCCCCGGGGCGAUGCCGAAGCUUCUCUCAAGUGCCUGAUCAGCGAGUGGGACCUGCGCAUCCGCGAGCGGCUGGGGGACGGCUGCUUUGGGGUCGUGCAUCGCGCCGAGUGGAGCACGCCCGGCGGGGGAGUGAAACCCGUCGCUGUCAAAUCCCUGCGCUCCGACGUCUCCUGCGACCCGGGCGCCCUGAUCGACUUCCUCAACGAGGUCAACGCCAUGUGCUGCCUGAACCACCCCAACCUCCUCCGCCUCCAUGGGGUGGUCCUAACUCAGCCCCUCAAGAUGGUGACGGAGCUUGCCCCCCUGGGCGCCCUCUACGACCGCCUCCGGCCCCCCUUCCCUCUCCACCAGCUCUGGAGCUAUGCCCUGCAAGUCGCCCAAGGAAUGUCCUACCUCGAGUCCAAGCUCUUCGUCCACCGCGACCUGGCCGCUCGCAACAUCCUCCUGGCCUCCGAGGAGACGGUCAAGAUUGGCGACUUCGGGCUCAUGAGGCCGCUGUCCAGCAAGAGCGAUCGCUACAUCAUGUCUGCGCACCGCCGCAUCCCUUUCGCCUGGUGCGCCCCCGAGAGCUUGCGCAUGGGAGUCUUCACCAGUGCCUCCGACGUGUGGAUGUUCGGGGUCACCCUCUGGGAAAUGUUCUCCUACUGCGAAGAGCCUUGGAUGGGAUACUCCGGACGGCAGAUCAUGCUAAAGAUUGACAGAGAAGGCAGGCGGCUGGAGCGCCCGGACGACUGCCCGCGAGAAAUCCACGCCCUGGCGAUGAAAUGCUGGGCCCACAGCCCCGAGGAGAGACCCCGUUUCCGGGAGAUUGUCAGCCUGCUGCAAGAGCUCCGUCCCAAGGAAGUGAAGGCGUCCCAGGAUCUCAACGAACCCGGCUGGCUGCGCCUGGAGGCAAACGAUGGCAUCACGGUGAUCGAAGGCAGCCCCGAUUCCUCAACGUGGCGAGGCCAGAACAGGCGGACGCUGAGAGUGGGCAUCUUCCCGUCGUCUGUAGCAAAGCCGGAGGAUGAAGCGCCCCCUGCUGGCACACCACAAAUCAGCCUCCCCAUCCGAAGCUCCUUCGUACACCUAGGCCACGGGGACAUCGACCCCGAGCGUGGAUGGGGCGCUCCGGACCGGAUAGAGGAGAAGAAACCGAAAGCGCGGGCGGUGAACUCCAACCCCCAGAAUCGAGCUGGGGGCAAGCAGCUAUUGCAGUUGGCUCGUCUCUCCAAGAGUCUGGAGUCUCUUUCGGACUUCAGCGUCCUGCGCACCAAACCUCGGAUCCCGGCCUUCAAGCCGGACCCUCCCAGCGUCCCUCUCCAUCAGCGCCGUUUCAGCGAUCUCCCGGCACCUUUGCCUCCUCCGGCACAGCAGCUGGAGCAACGGGGUCGGAAGCCUUUGUCCCGCGUGCCGAAUCCGGCCCUGCCCUCCUGGGCCCUGCCCAAGCCCGAGGGCCCUCCUCCGGGGGCCAGGGAGAAGGAGCAACGGCCACCCAGACCACCGCCCCCCAAAGGGCCACUGGCCCCAGCCCCUUCUGGCGGACAGAGGCCAACCCUGGGGGAAAUUGAGAAGAAGAUCAAGGAGGUGGAAGACAGGGUCCACGGUGCCACGACAGAGGAAUGCCACGAAGCCUUGAGGGCGAGCAGCUGGGAUGUUCAGAAAGCCAGCCAGUUGCUAAAGGUGAACCAGCUCUUCCACAUGAGCUCUCACUCCUGGGAAGAGUGCCGGUGGAUCCUGGAGAAGCACCGCUGGAACCUGGCCAUGGCCUCACGCUAUGUGCUCAGCCGGGGGCUGCGGACCUGACCUGCGUUUUGCGGAAGAUGGGAGGGUGUGAAAUCCUUCCAAGACGGAACAAAAAGGUGCCUCCAUUUUACGUCUUCCGCCUCCAAGCGGCAAAGGUCGUCGUAAAUGCAUAGCGAGGCAAAAGCACCUCCCUUAGAUGCCGACUGUAAUGACUCACCGUGGGGCUUUGGGGGACUGAGACCUCCGGCAAUCCUGCUCCCCUGCUCCCGGCUCUCAUGCAGCUUUCGCCAACCUGGUGCCCUCAGCAGAACUCAGAAGUGCAAGGUGCCUUUAUGUGAGUCCUAGAAGAUUCUGCUGGAUCAGAACGAUGGCCCACUUCAGCAUCCUGUUCUCCCAGUGGCCAACCCCACUGGGAAGCCUGCCAGGAAGAACACACCUAGGCCCUUUCUAAGAUUUCACAGUAAUAAUACAGUCGUACCUCAGAAGUUGAGCGGAAUCCGUUCUGGAAGUCCCUUCGACUUCCAAACUGUUCGGAAUCCAAGGCGCGGCUUCUGAUUGGCUGCAGGAAGCUCCUGCAGCCAAUCGGAAGCCGCGGAAGCCGUGUCGGACGUUCGGGUUCCAAAGAACGCUCGCAAAACGGAACAGUCCCUUCCGGGUUUGCGGCGUUCGGGAGCCAAAACGUUCGACUCGCAAGGCGUUUGGGAUCAUGAACGUGAACAUGAAAUUUAUUAUGGUCAAAGACCAGCUUGUGAGACACAAACGUAACUACAAUCCCAAAAGCAAAGCAAACAUGUAAAACAAUAUACAGCAAUGGAUUUUAAGUUUAAAAAUGCAGUAGGCAUAAAGGAAAAGGAAAAGGGACCCCUGACCAUUAGGUCCAGUCGUGACCGACUCUGGGGUUGCAGCACUCAUCUCACAUUAUUGGCCAAGGGAGCCGGUGUACAGCUUCCAGGUCAUGUGGCCAGCAUGACAAAGCCGCUUCUGGCAAACCAGAGCAGCACACGGAAACGCCGUUUACCUUCCCGCCGGAGCGGUACCUAUUUAUCUACUUGCACUUUGACGUGCUUUCAAACUGCUAGGUUGGCAGAAGCAGGGACCAAGCAAUGGGAGCUCAUCCCGUCACGGGGAUUCGAACCGUCAGCCUUCUGAUCGGCAAGCCCUAGGCUCUGUGGUUUAACCCACGGCUCCACCCGCGUCCCGCAGUAGGCAUAUAAACGCAUACAAACUUUAAGAUAGAUUACCAUAGAGAAAUGACCCAGAGACGCCCGUGGAUCCGAGUUUGGGGAUUUUAUUAACAAACUAGAUUGAAACGGGGGAUGCGUCUGCGCCUACAGAUCUGUGCGCAGAAUCUGGCGACCAUCCGGGUCGUCUUGUGAUCUUGCCUAACAGGAGAAGAUCGAAUUUUUUGCUUUACCAGUAGGUCAGCAAGCCUCACCAGUGUUCGGGAUCCAAGAUACGACUGUACAGAUAAAGCCAAUAAGUACAGAAAGGCGAAAAAUGAUGACAACAAUAACAAUUUGUUAGAUCUACUAUUUUCUGUGCAUGUGCUGGGCAAAUGAUUUGGAGCACUCCAAUGUUUCCUUUCCGGUUGACUUAUAUUUCCUUGAAGUUCCGUCAUACGUAACGUAACUUGCCCUCUGUGCUCUUGAAACUGAAGCACCUUCCGUGUUCCCAAAUACUUAACUUUGCAGCACAAAGAACAAGUGCCCCUUUCUCCAGAGCGACCCGCCCUGGGAGCCAAUCCUUUUACUCUGAUCGGCUCCGAUCAGCCCAAAGGGUGAGAAGAUUUAUUCUCAGAAGCUAAAAUUGCUCCCCCCCCCCGACUCCAGAUCACAACCCCUCUGCUAGAGCUCCCCCAUUGGCCUCAGCCAAAUGUUGCUGGGCCUGGUGGGAAUUUGAACGCAAGGCAGUUAUAGGAACACACCAUGUUGGGGAACGGCUGCUCUAACCCAGUGUUUCUCAACCUUUUUUGGGCCAUGGCACACUUGUUCCAUGAAAAAUAUCACGAGGCACACCACCAUUAAAAAAGUUAAAAAAAUUAACUCUGUGCCGCCCUAUAUUGACUAUAUAAUUAUGACUGUAAUUUAACCCAUGUGCAACUGUACUUCGUGCCUAUUUUAUAGUUUUGUUUUUCAUCGUUUAAUUUCCAUCAGCUGUCAUAACUGUUUUGUUUUAUAUACAUUAUGAAUAUUUUUUUAAGCUUUACCUCCCCCCCCAAAAAAAAUAUUACAAUAGUUCAGCCAGCUAUCUCCCUGUCUUGCUAUUUCCCCCCUAGGCAUUUUAUUUUAUUUGAAUACGUAUAGGCCCCCUAUUAAGUAGGAAGGAGGAAAUUAAUCUCCCUCCCGCCGCCCCAUGGGAGGGGAGAAGCCUUCAGACCCCCAAUUCUCCUCUCCCGCGGCCCGAAGUGGUACAGUCCAGGCAAGGCUCUGCCUGCCCCCGGAUUACAAGGGCGCACGCACUUCCAGGGGAGCUGCGGGGCGGCUCAAAGGCGAAAGGUUACCUUGGCUGCUGCUUGCGAGUAAUUCCGGACCGCGAAGCCCAGCGUCCGCCGCGCAGCCAUGGCGAAGGACGGGCGAAGGAGGCAGGGGAGGCGGAGCAACCUCGAUGCGGCUUAAGGGGGGCCAGCGGCGGAUCUGGAGCGCGCCUCCCUAGAGGGCCUCCCUAGACUCUAAAACCACCCUCCAGUCGUUUGCACUGAGCUUUGGGAAAGAGGAGGAGAAAUAUUGCUUUCCGGCGGGUCAGCGUUGGUUAUUGGCGGCCGCCAGGCACGUGACAAUGCAAAUCGCCCUUCUCAUCGCCGCACGUCGCGGCACACCAGCCAGCGUCUCGCUGGCUGGUUGAGAAACGCUGCUCUAACCCAUUACCCAUUUUUUAAAGACUUUGCAGCGGGGUUGGACUAGAUGACCCUUGGGGGUCCCUUCCAACUCUGUUUAAGUCUAUAAUUCCACCCACAGCAUUUGCGACUUUUCUGUCUCUCUCCUCUUUUGUCCAUUAAGAAAAGGCAGGUGAUGGGAUCCACUUGGGGUUCAUUUACGGUUGAGGGAUCCCAUCUUUUAAGGUUCUGCUCUCACUGAGAAGCCUACCAUAAACUCCCAUCUUGACCUGGAGCUCAGCAUCACUACAAAACCUGCAAAAAUAAAAUUCCUAUAGAAAGCAAGCAGCGCUGGAGGUGGAAGGCAGCCUCCCUCCCUCCCUCUGCCUUUGAAUUUGCAAUUCUGCACAUUUCCCCGAACACAACAGAUAUUACCUCCAAGUCAGUGGUUCCCAAACUUCCCUCUCUCCCUACGGACCACUUGAAAAUUGCCGAGAGCCUCAGCAAAGCCUUCCGUUGUCCUUUCUGCCUCUUGUAGGAAUCGCAGUGCACUGUUCUGGAUGAUGUAUGGUUUUUAAUUGUAUUUUUAUUGCUCUGUUUAUUUCUUACACUGUGCUUUGCGGUAUUGCCAUUCAAGUUCCGCAUCGACACAGUCUUUCUUGCUGCUUCCCCUCGCUGUCUUUUCGGCUGCUAAUUCUCUCCUUUCAAUUGGCCUCUCCCUCUUAAGUAAACCCAUCCGGAACUGCGGUGCUUUUGUAGGGAGGGGAAGACCAACACAGGAUCCACCCUUCCAGUCCAAAUCGAUAGGAGUCUGACAGGCAGCAGUUAUCAGAUUACAUAUCCCCCCUCUCCACACUUUCCCAUCUAUCUGGAUGGUGUAGAAUGUGCGCGUCGCAUUUGUAAAUACGGUGUAAAUGAGCGAAUAAACUGUGUAAAUAUUGCCGCUUUGCAGAUGGGCUAUUCUUUUGCUUUGAACACCUGCGUUUAUUUGAUGCAUGAGCAAUCCAACUUGGAAACACUGAUAUGGAGUUGUUUUUUGGAGGGGCGUUUUACAAAUGUUUUGUGUUUUGCAUGCACCAAGUCAGUGUGGACAUGUUUAAAACCUGACUUAUGUUUGAAUGUGCUGCUACUAGAGAUCUUAGUAGGCCACAAGCUAGAUGAGAGUCCACAGUGCGAUGGAACAGCAAAAAAAAGCUAACACUAUUCUAGUGUCCAGACAAGGGAAGUUAUGGUUCUGUUCUGUUCUGCCUUGGUCAGACCACACCUGGAAUACAUUGGUACCUUGGUUCUCGAACUUAAUCCAUUCCGGAAGUCCGUUCCAAAACCAAAGCGUUCCAAAACCGAGGGGUGCUUUCCCAUAGAAAGUAAUGCAAAACGAAUUAAUCCGUUCCAGACUUUUAAGAACCCCUAAAGCAGCCAUUUAACAUGAAUCAUAGAAUCAUAGAGUUGGAAGGGACCACAAGGGUCUCUUAAUUUUCAUAUGCUGAUAUUAUUAUAUACUAUUGUAAUGAUUGUUGAACGUUACAUUAUUUGAUUGCUUAUUUUAAAGCUAUGUUUUAUUAUCAUAUUUUUGUAUUGCAUUAGAUUGUUAUAAGGUUGUUUUGUAUUUCAUUAGAUUCUGUUUCUUCAGCUUGUAAACCGCUUUGAGUAUUGUAUGAUAGAAAGGCGGUAUACAAAUUAAAAGUGAUGAUGAUGAUGAUGAAGGGCCAUCCAGUCCAACCCCCUGCCAAGCAGGAAACACCAUCAAAGCAUUCUUGAUAUAUGCCUGUCAAGCCUCUGCUUAAAGACCUCCAAAGAAGGAGACUCCACCACACUUCUUGGCAGCAAAUUCCACUGUCGAACAGCUCUUACUGUCAGGAAGUUCUUCCUAAUGUUUAGGUGGAAUCUUCUUUCUUGAAGUUUGAAUCCAUUGCUCCGUGUCCGCUUCUCUGGAGCAGCAGAAAACAACCUUUCUCCCUUCUCUAUAGGACAUCCUUUAAUAUAUUUGAACAUGGCUAUCAUAUCACCCCUUAACCUUCUCUUCUCCAGGCUAAACAUACCCAGCUCCCUAAGCCGUUCCUCAUAAGGCAUCGUUUCCAGGCCUUUGACCAUUUUGGUUGCCCUCUUCUGGACACGUUCCAGCUUGAGUUUUACUAUCUAACGAGACCAUGGAUCCAUAAAAUGAAAGCAACAGUCAAUGUACUGCAGUCACACAAUCAACCCAUCAGGAGCUGAACCGGGUUCCACACAGUCACAAAAACAAAACAAAAAAGAGCCACAAAAACAAAAACAAAAAUGCAAAAUAAAGAGCAAAAACAGACAGACCUCAGCUUAACACUCAAAACAGAAGUGUGGCACUCAAAACGGAGCACGUUCGGCUUCAAAAAGAAGUUUGCAAACCGGAACACUUACUUCCCGGUUUGCAGCGUUUGGGUUCCAAGUUGUUUGAGUACCAAGGCGUUUGAGAACCAAGGGACCACUGUACUGUGUCCAGUUCUGGGCAACACAAUUUAAGAUGGAUGUUGACCAGCUGGAAGGUGUGCAGAGGGGGGCGACCAAGAUGAUCACGGGUCUGGGAACCAAGCCUGAUGAGGAAUGGUCGAAGGAGUUGGGGAUGUUUAGACUGGAGAAGAGAAUGAGAAGAGAGAUGAUAGCCCUCUUCAAAUAUCUGAAGGGCUGGCCCAUGGAAGGUGGAGCAAGCUUCUUUUCUCCUGCUCUAGAGAGAACUUGAACCAAUGGAUUCAAGUUACAAGAAAGGAGAUUGUGACUAAACAUUAGGGUGAGCUUUCUGACAGUAAGAGCUGUUCAGCAGUGGAACAGACUUCCACAAGGAAGUGGACUCUCCUUCCUUGGAGAUUUAUAAGCACAGGUUGGAUGGCCAUCUGUCAUGGAUGCUUUACCUGAGAUUCCUGCAUUACUGUGGGGUUGGGCUAGAUGACCCUCAGGGUCCCUUCCAACUCCUAAGAUUUUAUAUUGCUAUGUUCUUCAUAUAAUGCAGCGCACUUAAAUCGAUGCAUCAAUUUCCCCACCAAUGCUUCUUCUAAUAGACUUGCAAAGCAAUAAUAAAACAUCACAGAAGCUGCAGAGUUGAGCUUUUGGGAGGUUGCACUCCCAGAAGCACACUGCAACCUCUUUGCGUUUCUUCCCCAACCACGACAACUACGUUCUUUUCCUCAUCCACAUCGUCAGUGCUGAUUUCCCAAGUCCCAGUCUUCACACUCUAACCACUACACCCCACUGCCUUCCUAGAGUCCUUCUGUUCUGGGGCAGCUCUAUAAAUUAAGUAAGGUAAAAAGGUAAAGGGGCCCCUGACCAUCAGGUCCAGUCGUGUCCGACUCUGGGGUUGCGGCGCUCAUCUCGCUCUAUAGGCCGAGGGAGCCGGCGUUUGUCCGCAGACAGCUUCCGGGUCAUGUGGCCAGCAUGACAAAGCUGCUUCUGGCGAACCAGAGCAGCGCACGGAAACGCCGUUUACCUUCCCGCCGGAGCGGUCCCUAUUUAUCUACUUGCACUUUGAUGUGCUUUCGAACUGCUAGGUGGGCAGGAGCAGGGACUGAGCAACGGGAGCUCACCCCAUUGCAGGGAUUCGAUUAAGUACCGGUAGGUAAAUCAAUAGGAGGAAACCAAAAUGUCCUUUUGCGAAGGCUCUGAAUAUUUUCCUUGAAGCUCGGAUGUGUUUUAUUCUGCACUGUUUCAAUUCGAUGUUUUAACGUAAACUGCUUUGAUCUUCUUCCUUUAAAAUAUAAAGCAGUGUGGAAUUGAAACGAAUAGUAAUAACAAAUUCCACUGCAAAAAAAAGGGAGGUUCCUAGACCUUCCAUUCUGGUGACCGCAACCCAGGUUGAAGGCAAUUAGCGUUUAUAGCUGAGUUUCGAACACAGCUCUGGGGGGAGGCAAAAUUGCAGGGGGUUGGCCUAGAUGACCCUUGGGAACCCUUUCCAACCCUACAAUUCCAAGAUUCCAUGAAUGCUGCUGGGCGGGGGGAGAAGAGCGGGCGAGGCGAUGGGAGAA